AUGGGUUUCUCACAAUCAAAGGCUGAUUAUUCUUUGUUUACCAAGCAAGAAAGAGGUUCUUUUGUUGUCUUGUUGCUUUAUGUUGAUGAUAUCCUACUUGCUGGUAGUGAUACAGCUGCUCUUGAGAAGGUUAAAAGUUCUUUGAGUGCUGAGUUCAAGUUGAAGGAUUUGGGGCCGUUAAAGUUUUUUCUUGGUUUGGAAAUAGCUAGAUCACAUAAGGGUAUUUCUUUAUCUCAAAGAAAAUAUUGCUUGGAACUCAUUGCAGAGUCUGGUUUACUUGCUGCUAAACCAGUUCUAUUUCCUAUGGAUACUCAUACAAAGUUAUCUAAAGAUGAUAGUGAAUUAAUAGAUGAUGUUUCUGCUUAUAGAAGACUCAUGGGCAGAUUAUUGUAUUUGACUCACACCAGACCUGACAUUACUUUUGCUGUUAAUCAUCUUAGUCAAUUUCUAGAUAACCCUCGAUUGCCCCAUUUAUAA